AUGGGUGCCAAAAUUGGCGUCUUCCCGGCCUCAGGGGCCCUUGGAUCAAGCAUUGUGAACAACCUGGCGAAACUAGUCCCAGAAUCCGACCUGGUUCUGGUUGCCCGACGCCCCGAGAAACUGCACGACCUCAAUCAAGCUGGCGCUACGGUACGCAGGGCCGACUAUGAUGAGCCAUCGACAUUAGACACAGCCUUCAAUGGCGUCGAUGUCUUGAUGCUAGUUUCAUAUGCAUCAUUUGAGAUAGAUCACAGGGUCAAGGCACACCGUCUUGCUAUAAACGCAGCUAUCAAGAGCGGCGUCAAGCACAUCUUCUACUCCUCUCUUGGAUUCGGCGGUGAUCUAACCGACCAUAGCAUCGCUCAUGUCAUGGGCGCGCACAUCGAAACAGAGAAAUACUUCUCUUCUCUGCAAGACACAGUGUCCUACACCAUAGUCCGCGAGGGUAUCUACACUGAUUCCUUCCCGAUCUAUACCGCUUUCCUUGAUCCGCAGAAUCCAGCGGACGAGGUUACGAUCCCUCACUCAGGUACAGGCCCAGGCGUGGCGUGGGUCAAGCGCGAUGAGCUGGGCGAGGCAACCGCCAAGUUGAUUGCCUUGUAUAUCAAUGACUCGACCAGCUUCAAGUAUUUGAACAAAGCUGUUCUGUUCUCUGGGUCUCGGGAGAUCUCUCUUGCGGAGUCGGUUGAGAUUAUCGGUCGUGCGAUUGGGAAACCACUCAAGAUUCGUGAGAUCUCUGUCGAUGAGUAUGUGAAUCUUCCUGGGAUUGGGGACAAACAUACAUACAAGGGGGUUAAUCUGUCGAGGGAGUGGGCUACCGCUUGGGAGGCUAUCAGGCGGGGUGAGGCUGCAGUUGUGUCUCCGGCUCUACGUGAGAUAUUGGGGCGUGAACCGGAGAGCUUUGAAACUACUAUCAAGGAGUUGAUUGGAUGA